AUGGGUGCCGGAGCCAGCACUCCCUCUGCAGAGCCGUCGGCUUCCUGUCCGGUCGACCAUAAAACCCGUGAGGUUUGGUUGCAGCAACAUGGAAAUUCACCUCAUCCUACGUCUGGCGCAGCCUCCGAGCAACCGCAAUCCCGAACAAAAUCACAACGGCCGCUGUCAUCAGAUCGCGAAGUAAGCAGUAUACCCCGGGCCGGUGACCCAGGUGCAGCGAAUACCUGCCCAGAAACUGGCAAGGAGCCUCCAUCCCCCUAUGCCGCCUCGCACGGCUGUCCGUCGAACGCCGAAUCCGAAACUGGCCAAGACCAGACAACAGGGAAUUGGGUUUAUCCAUCCGAGAAACAAUUUUUCGAAGCUUUAAUGCGCAAAGGUAACACACCAACAUCCACAUCCUCAGCCUCCGAGCUGGCGACAUCGGUUGCCUCGAUCAUCCCGAUCCACAACGCCGUUAACGAGCGCGCGUGGAAGCAAAUCCAGGACUGGGAGCAAACGGCACCAUCAUCAGAUCCUGGGAGCAAGAAAUGUGGAGGGCCCAAGUUAUAUUCCUUUCGCGGACUCGGGGUCGACCCGCAGUAUCUCAGUCCACGCGCGCGGAUCAAUGGGUGGCUCGGUUACCAGCUCCCGUUUGAUCGACACGACUGGGUCGUUGAACGCUGUAGCGGGGAGAAAGUCGAGUAUGUGAUCGAUUUCUACCAGGGGAAGUCUUCGGGUGGCCACGGCAACCCAUCAGGAUUGGCAGCCAACGCCGGACCGGGCAAGCUCAGCUUCUAUCUGGACGUUCGACCAAAGCUGAAUAGCUACGAAGGCUGGAGGAUGAGAUUCAAUCAUUUUACUGGCCUGUGA